CAGCAGGUAAAGCUUGUGCAAAAAUGUGGAGAUAGGAAACAGUUACACCUCUUUUGUGAUUCACAUUCUGCACAGCUUUCAUGGCUGGCACGCUAAGUGUUGGAGGAGAGGGGGAUGCUUGAAGAGGAGAUGGUAGAGACCAUAGUGGGCCUUGUGUGCUGUGAUGAAGAGUUGGACUUGAUCUUUUAGUGAUAGUGGGGCAUGAUCACAAAGCUUUAAUAGCCCUGUGCCUUGAUUCAUGGGUACAUUCAUGAGCAGCAAAUGAAAACCUAUUGUGCUCAUUUCACGGAGUGAUAAAAAUCCCAUUUAUGAGUUAGGGGAUGUGCUAAACAUUAGUACUAGAGGGAGUACAUUUAUAAUGUGACUCAUCCCCUCAGCAAGGCUUUCAGGGUCUGUAAGGUAAGCAGAAAGACUCCUUUAAUAAAGGGGAUGCCAUUUCAGACAGGUGGUAUAACUGCUUAGUGCUGAGAAAACUUAUGUCCAGGCAGUCCAACCUGGUGUAUAGAUACAGGUUUGGGGGAUGGCACAGGGUGUGUCCUUACCCAGCCUUGCCUGACAGCCCGACACAGGACAGACGGCAGGCUGUGCAAAGAGGAACAGUCUUUGUGCAGUGCAGAAAAAGACUGCUGUGCAUUGAUUUUUUUCCCCCCAUUUCAUACCUGCACACAAAUAUGGAUCUGUCAGGGUGUCAUCUCUGAAUACUGAGUUAAGCAAUAUCAGAGUUAAGAUAAAAACCAGUGGUUUAAUUGAUGAAAUGAGCAUAGGGCUAGACAUGUAAUAGCUCGAUAAAUACUUAAUUGAUUUUUUAAAAAAACCUGACUUUAAAACAAAAUGGAUUUUCAAAAACUGAAAAACACUUGGUUAAAAAAUUUUAAAAAUGUAUCAAAAGAGAUUAGGAUUUAGAAUUUCUAGUAUAUAAAUUAAUACAUUUUAUUCACUUGAUCUUUUAAGCAGAGUUUUUAAGUAAGACACAGUGGGCCAUGGACUGUAUUCAUAAUCUGAUAUUAAAGUGUACUUAGAGAAUUUAUUCCUUUAUAAAUUAUUCAAAUGGAGUAAAUAAACGGGAUUUACGGGGGGAGGGCAGUCAGUGGGCUGUUGACUUGAAUAUCUUACUAAGCUUUAAAGAUGUUUUCUUGAGGGGCAGAUGUUGGUUUGAGGAAUUCUCAAUCAGUGUAUUGGCUUGGAAGUGAAAGAAUCUGGAAAGCUUGUGCUUCUUUACAAAUCUCCUGCAUAUACUGAGAUCAGAAGGUACAGUCUGGUGUGUGGAGGCAGAUGUGAUUUUGGCAGCGUGGAUCCAGAAGGUUGGGUUUCUACUUAUGUCUCACCACUUUGAGCACUGUGCCCUAGAUGUCUUUUUUACCUCUAUCACUUCCAUCUUCUUUUGCAGACUUAUCCCUAUAACACCUCUACCUGCUAAUUGUACAGAUUUUUUGUGAGAAUUGAAUGUUCUCAUUCUAAUGUGAAUGAAACAUUUUAUUUAGCUUGCAAAAUAAUUUACCGAUGUAAGAUGGCAGUAUGAGGUGUCAGAAAAGUUUUGUUUUUAGUGGCAUAGCGUUUUUAAAAAAUGUUUGUUUAUUUUUGAGAGCACAGAGACAGAAUGCGAGUGGGUUAGGGGCAGAGAGAGAGGGAGACACAGAAUCUGCAACAGGCUCCAGAUUCUGAGCUGUCAGCACAGAGCCCGACGUGGGACUUGAGCUCACGAGCUGUGAGAUCAUGACUUGAGCCGAAGUCAGUCACUCAACCAACCGAACCACCCAGUUGCCCCAAGCAUAGCAUAUUUUAACUUCAGUUUAGCUUGGUUUAAGGAAAGAAAAGGGCAGAAAUCUACAUUCAUCAAUACACUAAUUAGACAUUUUUAAAUGUAAGUUUUUGGUUAUAAUUUCUACAUGCUGCUGAAGAAAAAUAUUCAGAAAACACAUGGUUUUUUGGAGAGUGGGUUUAGGUUUAAAUGACUGAUCAUUCUGAUGUCUUUUAAAUAUUCAUUAUUAAAUUUUUGAACUGGACAUAGUUAAUCUCUUGGGAGCAUUUUACAUACAGUGCCUUGUUAAAGUUGCAAGAUACAAAAUAUGCAAAAAUCUGUUGCAUUUCUAUGUACUAAUAAUGAACUAUCACAGAAGUUAAUAAAAUGAUCCCUUUUAUACUUGCAUCAAAAAUAAUAAAAUACCCAGGAAUAAAUUUACUACUAACAAAAUUUGAUUAGUCAAAUUCACUUUGAGUGUUAUAUUAGGGAAUCAGUGAAAUGCUCUGGGGGGUGGCAAUUGUGGCUGAAUCCACAUUUCAGGAAAAAAAUGACAGUUUGUUUUGUUGGUCUGCGCGUGCAGUGAAUCCUCAGCCUCGCAGCAGGGGCCCUCUGGGGAUGUUGGCAUGCGCAGCCCAUCAGUGACAGCGAAGCUGUCAGGAGGUGACUUCUGAAGGGGAAUAGAGUUCUUGCUGCUGCCUGUACUCCAAGUGUAUAGAGUGGGCUGUAGGAUCCCAAUCCUAAAGAGAAGAAAUUUGAUUCCAGUGCUUAGCACACAAAGCAAUGAGAAAUUUAAUCAUUAUUAAUGUAACUAUUAGAGGCUUACCUUCAUAAUAAAGGAAGUUCGUUUUCAUGUCUACAUUUAGUCCCUCCUGCUGCCAUUAAUGUUUCUGGUUACAAAAUCGCAUCUCAGCAGUGUUUCCAAGAAUGGCACUUUGUGCCCUGUGGUCCCUUCUGUCGUCUGGUCCCUGUGAAACCCUUGAAUAAACUCAGGACCCCCUCCUUGCUGUGGUUCCAGUUGUUGCUUGGAGUCUACAGGAUCACUCUCCUUGUGCAAGUAAGUAGGCAGGCAGCAUUGUAAAGUGGUGAAAUUUGUAGACUUGGAGUUUGGAGUUUGAAGCAUGGCCAUUACACUUAGUAGCUCUUGACCUUGGGCAAGUAAGUUAAUCUCUUGGAGCCUUGUUUUCUUCAUUUACAACACGGGGAUGAUAUUUACCUUAUCAAUAGGCCGUAAAGUACUUAGCAUAGCAUCUGGCACCUGGUGAGCCUUAGCAGAGGUUCAUUAAGAUUGUGUUUUUAUGAUUAAACCAAGCAUUGUGUGAUUGCAAUUCUGAGAAUAAUUUUCUGGGAGUUAGGGAACAAACUGAAUUUGUGGACUAUUGUUACUAGGGUGCCUGUUAGUGCGAAAAGGAAGGAUGACUUUGGGUCAUAUGGCUGAAUGGCAGUUCAGGGAGUGAAGAGGAGCGAGUUUUAUAGCUCUUUAAAAAGUCAGUCAGCAUCUAUUAUUUGAAAAUGUAUAUUGAUUGAAAACACUGAGUUUGAUUGUGAAUUUAAAUCCUUUUGUGUGACUGGAGUGAGAAAAUUAUUCACGCUGGCAGUUUCUCUUACACACUGAAAUCUGUUUCUUUGCCGGUGCAGAUUUCAUUUCUGUCUUUUUGACUGAGAAGGAAAAAUAAGAUUCUCUUUUGCCUUUUCUAGAAUCUAUCAAUACUUACUGAAUUAGGUGAAAGGUUUGAGCCAUUCCACUUUGUAGGCCUGAAGGACCUGAAUCCUCAGUGCAAAGCUCUCAGGGCUGAAUUUUUAGUAGAAGAAGGUGUAUGAUGUCUGUGUACGUGAAGGAUUGGUGUUUCUUGAGCUAUCAGAGUAACUUUGAACUGUAUGUAAAGAAGUAAGAAACAAACAACAUCACUUAUCCCAUGGGUUCUUCCAACUCCUCCUUCUCAAGUGUGAAUGAUCUCUGAGGAAGACAAGGGUCAAAGUGGCCUGAUACGUGGAAGAGCAGGAACAAGAUGGAACAGGAUAUGAAGAGUGUGGAUCUGGGAGCCCGUAAUGCUGGCUUCUGGUUCUGGCUUUGCUAAUUAAUAUAUGAUUGUGAUACUUGAGAAAGGUAGUCUGCUGGUCUGGCUUCAAUUUUUUUAUUUAUUUUUUUCUUUUUUUUGUCUCUUGUCGUUCAGGGGCUGUAGGUGAUCUCCAGGCUCUUGGGUUGGAAGUAUCUUAUGCAGCCUUCCAUAAGAGCACAGGUAGACAUCCUUGAAGCACUCUUGGCAGGUUAUUAUUCUGUCUCUAUUGGCUGUUUCAUUCAGCCUCAGCUUCCCUUCCCUUCUAGAGAUGGGGAACUCUUUGUUUUCAGUGCAGCUUUGAACAGCUUAAUAUUGAGGAGCUUUUCAUGGUGUGUAGAUUCCUAGCCUUCCCAUAGUCCUAAUUAUAUCUUCCGUCUUUCACGCAACAGAUCUUCAGAUAUUGAACGAGUGUCAGGUUAAUUUUUUCCAGGUUAUGCUGCCGAAGCUCUAAUCAUUGCUCUUUGAUGUAUUUCAGAACUUCCAUAUCAUGCUAACUUUUCUGAAAUAUCUCAGGUUUUCACUGCCACUUUUAAAAUGUGACCCUUGGAGAAGCAUAUCCAGUACUUUAGCUAGGAUGUGACUAGCACAGCGCAUGCUAAGAAUGUUUGGAAACUGUAAUUUAAUGAGAAUAGCCCAAGUUGAUGUUUUUGUUGGUUUAUUUUAUAGACAGAUUUCUGCUAUGUUGAGCGUGUAGCUCUCAUCCUUGGAGUUGUCUUUCACAUGAAUUGCUCACAGGUAAGGCCUUAUUUUAUAGAUGAACAGCUUAUGUUUUAGCUCUAGGGCAGUACUUUAUAUUUAAUUCUUUUUUCUUGUGAAUUGUUUUAUACCUGUUCCUUGCUCCUGACUGCUGAAUUUUCUGACCCUUCCGUCUGUCCUGGAUAUUAGGGAGUCCCAGAGGUUGUGUUCUCCUCAUUUCUCCUCUCUGAUACUGCCUCUGAGUCCAUCCCAGGUAGUUGAUGAAAAUGUUGACCAAGGCAAAGCCAAGUGGAGACUCUUGUGGCAGAGAGCCAGCAUCUUUCUUUGUUCUUUACAUUUAACGUGUGGGGAACCAUCAUAGUGGUUCCAGGCUCUUACCAGCAAUAUGUUUUUAAUCAUAGCUGGAUGUAAUUUGUCUUGUUUUGAAGGCUUCAGUUCAAACAGGCUUCUCAGUAAGUUAUCAUCUGUCUUGAAAAUUCUGUAUUUGUAAGUUUCUAUUUUCGUGUGCAUUUGGACUGCUGGUGCCAGCUCUUUUGCCAGUUCUUGUGUUCUACUUAGGUGAGCUUUCCAUAUGUGAUCUCCAAUAAUAUUGCCCACUAGUCCCCAUCUUGUGUUUUUCUUGCUGCUCUCAGUCUUCCUCUGGCUUCCUGACCUCUGGAAUGCCCAGAACUGAGUACUGAAUUGGCUUGUGGACCAAUAGAAGGAGGAAAUGUCCUAUGUUAAGAAGGUUUCUGAUCUUUUUUCCAGAGGUACUACUACAUAUAUACCACAGAGUUUUUCAAAAGACUAUAACUUUAGACAGUUUAAAUUUAUCCUCCAGGGGUAGAAGGAGAAAUUGGAAAAAAAACAUUCCAGGAGUCUUUUUUUUUUUUUUUCUUAUGUUUAUUUAUUUAGAGAGAGACUGAGAGGGAGAGAACAUAUGAGUGUGCACGUGAAUGCACAUGAGCGCGAGCAGGGGAGGAGCAGAGAGAGAGAGAGAUUGAGAAUGGGAAUCCUGAAUCCCAAGCAGGCUCCAUGCUCAUGUGGAGCCUGACGCCGGGCUUGACCUCAUGACUGUGAGAUCAUGACCUGAACCAAAAUCAAGAGUUGGACACUUAACCAACUGAGCCACUCAGUUGUCCCUAGAAGUCUUGUAAAGAGGGAGCAAAAUUUAAGAAACUAUCUCCUCUUAUUUUAUCACUCUUACAAUGUCCUUUAUGGAACAUGUGUAUCCCAAGUAAUGGUAGCAGUUAGAUAUUUCUGUGUUUGAGGUUUUCUUUAGUGUAAAGUAUUAAGCAGUAAUAGAGCACACAUACUGUGGAAUGAAAGGACCUCAUUUGUAAGGAUUAGAAAAGAUGAAUUGUACCGUAAAAGGUAGAAGAACAUUUGGAAUGGAGGACUAACCUGUGAGAAUGAUUUUGAACAUGGACCUAUAAAUGCUUGGAAUUUUGGUGUACUUAAUUAUUAAUGAGAACUUUUAAAACUACAAUAGAAUUUUGCAUUAAGUCACUCAUUAUCAUUGGAAUUUUGCCUUGUUUAGAUUUGGCUUUCAACUUAUAUAAAGGCUUUAAUUACUUGAAGUAAGUCAGACUUUUGCAGCAUGGAUUCCAGGAACAGUAUAUAGAAGAAUUUCCAUUAAUAUGGGAAAUACUGUGUCUAGAAGCUCUUCAAAUGAAGGAGUCUUUAACGACUAACAUUCUGUGGAGAACAAGAUGCUGUAUGGUUUCUAGAUUUCAGUGCUGUAGGGGUACAUGUGGAAAUUAGAACUCUAAUGAGAUUCAAUUUUAUUAAAUACAUAAGGUUUUGCACUUUAAAGGUUAAGUAUCCAGUUGCACUCAACUUAGGAAAUUCAAAGUUAUUAUUCUCAAAAUAACUGUUACUUUGUCCCCAUGGGCAGAUUUUGAAUUUGCAUUGUUGAGCAUAAUGUAUAAUUUAUACUUCAAUAUAUACAGUUGAGUCAUAUCUAAAUGAAUGAAAGAAAUUAACUUCAUUUCUGUAUAUAUUGUAACUGGGCAACAUUCAUUAACCAAUAGUGAUUUGAACAUAUACUAUGUGAUAGGGCCUAGGGAUAUAGAAAUGAACAAAUAAAACAAAAUCCUUGCUUUUAUGUUGUACACUUAGGUAAUAUGGGGGAAAUGCAUGUAUCUGUGAUUUUGUGAUAAAAUUAAGGGAGUAAUUGUGCAUUGCACUAAGAAUAAUAUGUUGUCUACAAAUGAUGGUAUUUGCCAAGUUUACACAUCUGACAUAGAAGAAACAAAGAUUUUGGACUCCACUGAGGACACAAGUCUAUGGUGUCCUUGAGGUAACUCUGGUUCUCAAAGACUAUCUUGAAACCAUCGGCUGGAUUUACUUAAAAAAAACCCAUUCAAUUUAGGCAGUAACUAAAGAUGGAGUGAUUAUUCACUGGGACAUUUUUCACAUUACCAAAAAAUUUAGAAUUUAUAGCGUUCAGAACUCUUGGGGCUGUUGAAUUUCUGUUAUUGUUUAGAAAAAUAAAACAUAAAAAUAAAAAUAAAAUGGAAAAAUAAAAAAAAAUGGAAAAAGGCCUGGAGUUUCUAAACCAUGUGACUUGUGGUCAGUCCCAUUUCUCUUGAUACAGAGCAGGGAGCUGUUCUCAACAGGACCAUUCUAAUCUGUGUGCAGUUGGCAGCUUCGGAUUUUCACAGACUAACAAGUAAGACCGCUAGGGGCCUAUACCUCCUUUAGUUGUUGCAGGGGUGCAUCAUCACAUGGACUAGGUGGGAAAAGGAACACUUUGUCUCCAGGCUUAGGAAGUAGGCUUGGAAAAGGAAAGAGAAUGUUUUGCAUAAAAUCAGAAGGGAAAUCAUGCAUGUCAAACACGAGUCUGGAAUCAUACAGAGUAAUGGAUACUCAUACUCUGCAUGGGAGUUGAAAACUUUUUUUUGGCUAGUAUAUAUUUUUGUCCCAAAAGGAAGCAGUUUUUAAUGCUCUGUUCAUAGCUUGCAAUCUUAUGAGCUUCCUGGUAUUUAAGUAAUAUUUUUGACAGUGAAAGCAAUUAAAUCAUUUGGAAAUCAUUCAGCCCCUGAAGUGUAUUUUCUAAUUUCUUCCCCUGGAGACCACUAGCUGUAGUCUUUGCUAAGAGAUGAAUUAGGCCCCCUCAUACAGUCUCUUUAAGAGCCGUCUUAGGAGGUUUGAAAAGUUACUUUUUAUACCAUAGGGUAAAACCCCCUCCCUCCCCUUUCCUAUCAGUUGAAUUCUUAAAAUGAUUACAUUUUCUUCUUGUUCCCUAGGACUAAAUUUUUAAGCAAAUAAUGGCGUAAGUUGAGGCAGAUGGAAAACCUCAAAGGGCUUCCAGCACCUUCCUGAAUUAUUGUUGCCAGCGCCUUUAAGCCAUGGCUACCACCCCACAAGGAGAACCCUUGUCCCUGUUCUGCUAUCUUUGGUUCAAUUUGCUGUGGGCAGCAGACCUUAAGGUUGACAAAGGCAAGUGGGCUUUAAAGAGGAGACCCUUAACAGUCGCUAUUCCUGUAACUCUUGUCACUUUUCUCCUAGUAACUGCCUUUUCAUUUUUCGGGCUGAGAUAUGAGGCAGAGAAGGUGAACUCGAGAGAAGAAAGAUUCUCACCACUUCCUCUAGUCCCCUUGUUCCCUUCAUGGCCCUGCCCAGUCUACUGUUUUCCAAACUACUUGUUUACAAAUCAGAGAGUCAUGUAGGGAGGUAUUUUUGGGUUUUUUUGGGUUUUGUUUUAACCAAGUAGUUUCCCAGGCCCCACUGUCAGCUUUUAUACUUUAGGAAGUCUGAGGCUUGAAUCGUGAAAAUCUCUGUAUUUGUUGACUUAUUAUGCAGAUAGGUGCUUUUGAUGCCCAGUUAGAUUUGAGAAUUAUUGGAUACUGACUCAUCCUGACCUUGGAAGUUCUGAGUCAUAAGUCAUAGGUCCAGUGGGACUUACUACUCGACAGAUAAAGCCACAGGUACCAGGGGUUCAUGAACUAAGAGGGCUUCAAGGAAUGAAAGAGCAUUUGUACUUCUCUCUAGUCAUCUGGUUGGUGGAUGUUGUGUUUUUAGUGCCAUAUUAAAAUAUAUUAGCUUUGUCCUCUUUUAUAUUUGUAAGUUGAUGGAAAGCUCCAUUUGAAGAUGUGAUGGGUAAGCUGAUCCCAUUCCCCUAAAAAAAGAUGAGACCAAUUAAAAAAUGUAUACUUUCUUUACAUAAAUGGGUUACCUAAGUAGAUUUUUUAUAAAUAGGAUCUACAUUGUUUUUCUUCAUAAUCAUCUGUCUUUUUCCAUUAGUGGAGUGUGGUCUUCUCUUAGUUUCUUCUUUUAUCUUCACAUUAAUUUGAGAAAUUUAAACAUGUAUUUUGAUGACAUUUGUCUUUUGCAGUUUUCAUCAUCGUUGGGGAGGCUGAUGGAGUUUAUGAGGGGCUGACUCCUCAGAGAGGGAGGAAAUUAUGGAGGAGGCAGCAUUUGAGCCAAGUCUCUAAAAUGUGGGAGAAGAUGUGAGUUUAGAGAUUGGUAUUCUCUCUUGUUGGGAGGAUAUUCCAGAUACAGGAAAAUGUGAGCAAAGUUAACAGGCAUGUUUGAGAAACAGCAGGCCCUCCUCCCAUGGGGCCAAAAUGUAGGCUUCUUGAAAGAAAAGCAUAGAACGCUAGACUAGGGGCAGAGUGUCAGGAGCUUUAAAGAAUUUCUGUUUGGACUUUAUGCUGUGUGUCAUAGUUUUUAUAGGGAAAUGGACUCAGAGUUUAAAAUAGUAACUUCAUAACUAUAAUUGUAGCACUAUAUCUUAGGAGAAUAAAAUCUUUUAUAUGAAUUCUAUUUCAGAACUUUCAAAACUGCAUAUGUGCAGGUGUCUGUUUCACACAAAGCAAACAUCUUUAACUGCUUUCUCCUGACACGUACUUUGCAGUCCGGUGACUCUGGGUCAUGCCUGCCCUAGGAAAACUGGGGCUUGGGAGUACUGAAAUAAAUGAGAACCUCAUCAUGUGGAGAACAGCCUUAGCCGCAUUUGGAUCUUCUGCCUCUCAGGGUUUGGGCCUUCUUCCUGCUUCAGUCAUUCUGUUUUGUCCUCCUGCUCCCUGCCCUGUCUCCAGCUUUCCCCUCUCUUACUAACAUACAGGGGCUUUGAACCUUGUGCUUGAAAGUUUGUGUCAUCUUGCUACACCUUUUGGGAACUACUUGGCUACCCUUACGAGAUCCUGUUCAAAACCGUGUUUCUGGUGUGUUUUUAGCAGCUAAUGAAAGUUGCCUAUUACUGUCUUUUCAUAUAUUCUUAAAGUUGAAACCAUUAGUAUGCUUAAUAAUUUGUAUAAUUAAUAGAAUAAGUAAUUAUUUAUUAAUAUGAUGGUUUACAUAAAUAUAAAACCUAGGAAUUUCACAGAGCCCGGGUGUAAUAAUCUCUAACAGAUCUGGAAAGAAGGUCAAAGACUAGUUGAAAGGACUAGUUUUUCCUCAUCUAAAAAAAAUUUUUUUUUGAUGUUUAUUUGUUUUUAGACAGAGAGACAGAGCGUGAGCAGGAGACACAGAAUCUGAAACAGAUUCCAGGCUCCAAGCUGUCAGCACAGAGCCUGAUGUGGGGCUCUAACUCACAAACCGUGAGAUCAUGACCUGAGCCAAAGUUGGAUGCUUAAACCAACUGAGCCACCCAGGUGCCCCAGUUUAUCCUCAUUUGUAAAAAAAUAGAAUAUUUUUUAAAGGAUAUAUAAAAGACACGUUUGUCUACAAUGAGUAUCAAAAUUUUGCUUUAACUGUGUUUUCAACGUUUUCAAUCUUUCUAGUAAUGGUCUGAGGCUUUAAGAAGACCAAAAGUGCCUGCCAUAAUUGGUUGGGAGUCAUGUUUCUGAAUGGAUAUUGUCAAAAAGCUACUUUGAAAUCACAGUAGAUACUAUUUCAGUAUGAUACUUUGCUAUAAUUUAUCCCAGAAAUCCUGAAAAGGAUUUAGUUUGGUUUAAAAAUGGACAAAACUCCCCAAAUCUAAAAUGUAUUUAUGGAAACCAGAUCUUGUUGUCUUGGAACACAUAUCUUACUUUCUACUAGAUUUUAAAAUGAUCAGUAACUUAUAUGCAGUGUGAAAUAUAAUACAUCAUGAAAAUCCUAUGAACCCCAUGCAUACAAAAUUUGAUAAAUAUAAUAAAGGUAGCAUUUCAAAUUGAAGGAGGAAAGAUUAUUCAGUAAAUAAUGUUGGAACUGCUGGGUAUUCAUCUAGAAAAAAAACAAAGGAUAAACUUCACAAAUACUGAAAUGUAAAACUGAAAACAUAAUAGGUAUUAUAAGAAACCACAGGAGAGUUCUUUUUUAAAUUGCAUUGGGAAUUACAGUCUGUCUGAUAAACAAAAGCCAUAAAAUAAUUGAUUAACAAUCCACCUACAUGAAAUUCCUAAAUUUCUGUGUUCCACAAACCACCAAAAUAAUUUACCAGAAGAAAAAAGUUUUUUGCAACUCAUAUUACAAACAAAGGGCUAAUUUCCUUAAUAUAUAAAAAGCUCCUUCAAGUUCAUUAUAGACAAAAGAUGCUUAGCUAAAAAUGCUUCUACAGAGCAGUAAGAAAAUCACAACAACCCAAUAGAAAAAUGGACAAAGUUUUAAUUUUACAGUUCACAAGGAAAUACAAAUGGCUCUUAAAUGUAUAAAAAGAUGCUCAACUUCAUUCAUAUGAGAAAUGUAAAAUAAAACUACUUGGAGAUACCUUUUUUUUUUUUUUUAAAGAGAUCUGUUUUCCAAAAAUAAAAAAGCUUCGUAACAAUGACCUGACAAUGAAUGGGGGAUCUGGGACCACUGUGAAAUAAAGGAGAGCCUCUUAAUGCAGGAACAUAGUCUGAGCUGAAUGAGGUUGAAAUAGCAUCCUUCUGCCAUUCUGGUAGGAGUGGAAGAGGUACGCCUCAAUGCAGGGCAGUUUGCAGGCAUCUUUCAAAAUUACAAAUGUAUGUUUGCUUUGACCCAGCAAUUCUCCAUCUAGGAAUUUAUUCUAGAGAUAUCAUCAUAUAAGAGUUUGACUGCAUCCUUAUUUGAAAUAGUAAAAAAUUGGAAAUUACCUACAUACUCGUAUAUGGGGGAUCACUAAGUCAGUUGUGGGAUUCCAUGCAGCUCUAGAAAAGAAGGGAGCCAAGGAGAGAAAGCAUGUGUGGUGUUUACUAUUAUGUAAAAAAGGGAGAAAAUAGAAUAUAUACUAAACUACUCCUGGGUUAUUACAAGGGAAAUAAAUCACAUUGGUUUUCAUGGAGUGAGAACCGGUUACUCUGGAGUACAGGGUUGGAGGGAGAUUUUUGUCACUGUAUACUGUUAUUUUUGUGUUUGGACCAUUUGAAGGUAUACUCUCUUGAAAAAAUAAGUGCUAAGAUAAAUUAAGGAAGGGUAUUGAAAAAACUGAACAUUAUAUUGUUUUAAUAAACUUAAUUUCUUUGCUUGAAAAGUAACAUUUUUAAGGGGGAAAAAUGUGGGCCUUGUAGUGGGAGCAUGUGUGUUUAAUUAAAUUGCCUCCUCAGCAAUAUUAAAAAUCGGCCAGUUGUAAUUUGGUGCAGAAUAUAUUACAACCCUGUAGGAGACCGAGUUCGGAAGUUUGCUUUGAAGUUCCAGAAAAGAAGGGGUUAAAGGUGUGAUGCAGGUAAAGGAAGGGUUAAGGACAUUAUGCAAGCUGUUAAGUAAAAAGGAAGUGCAUUACAAAAUGCUGAGCUCAGGAGUCUGGCUGCCAGCCAAGCCUUUGCUUUCUUCACUACAGCUGAGGGCUUUCGAAGCUUCCCACCAGUGGGUUUGUCUGAACUGUUUAGGAAUGCGGCCGCGGUCGCCAGCUGACGUCAGCGCCGCCGGUUCAGCCGCGGGCCAGAGCCCGGGACUGACAGCGUAGGGGGCGGGGAGGGGCGGGGCCUGCAUGUGACUGACAGUGUGGGGCGGGGCGGUGUGUGUGUGUGUGACUGACAGCCGAGGCAGGGUUGCGCGCCGGUUUGCGGUUUCAUAAUGAAUGCUAAAUUCUGAUUAUUUUCUGUGUGGUAAGGUGAAAGACUUUUUUUUCCCCCUCGUUUUCGAAAGCCAGGGCUCGUAUUGCUUCAAUUUAAAUGGCAUAAAACUAAGUAUUUGUAACAUCAAAUUGUCAGAUUUCAUGGGCCGUUGUGUUUGUUUUUGCUUCUGACAGGGAAACAGUAAAAACUAUGAUGAUCUUUGAUGGUGGAGGGGUUGGGGUGAUGACUUUUGCUGGAUAAUGAGGUUGUUGAUUUUUUUUUUUAAUCGUAAGUCCAUUUUAUUUCAGAAUUGUACCAGAAAGAAAUUGUAAAGGCUCUCAGAUGCAGUUCUGUAAAACAGAACACCAAAAAGAAGAAAUACUAUGUGGAAAACUGCCAAAGUUGAAUACAGUUCUAUUAAAAACACCUUUGGGCAUGACAGGUUUCCACUUGAGUGGCACAGUGACAGAACCUGCAAUACAAUCGGAGCCAGAAACUGUUUGCAACGUGGCCAUCAGCUUUGAUCGUUGCAAGAUUACCUCAGUGACCUGCAGCUGUGGAAACAAGGACAUAUUUUAUUGUGCUCAUGUUGUGGCACUGUCUUUAUACCGCAUCCGCAAGCCAGAUCAGGUCAAACUGCAUCUUCCCAUUUCAGAGACUCUCUUUCAAAUGAAUAGAGACCAACUACAAAAGUUUGUACAGUAUUUGAUCACAGUGCACCACACAGAAGUUUUGCCAACUGCUCAGAAAUUAGCAGAUGAAAUUCUUUCCCAGAAUUCAGAAAUCAACCAAGUUCAUGGUGCUCCUGAUCCAACAGCAGGUGCUAGUAUAGAUGAUGAAAACUGCUGGCACUUAGAUGAAGAGCAGGUUCAAGAACAGGUUAAACUGUUCCUUUCCCAGGGCGGGUACCACGGAUCAGGGAAGCAGCUUAAUUUGCUCUUUGCAAAGGUGCGGGAGAUGUUGAAGAUGAGGGACUCUAAUGGGGCCCGCAUGUUGACGUUGAUAACAGAGCAAUUCAUGGCUGACCCUCGUCUGUCACUUUGGAGGCAACAAGGCACUGCGAUGACUGACAAAUAUAGGCAGCUCUGGGAUGAGCUGGGUGCUCUGUGGAUGUGUAUAGUUUUAAACCCCCACUGCAAGUUGGAACAGAAAGCCAGUUGGCUAAAACAGUUGAAAAAGUGGAACAGUGUUGAUGUCUGUCCAUGGGAAGAUGGAAAUCAUGGCAGUGAAUUACCCAACUUAACCAAUGCUUUGCCUCAGGGUGCAAAUGCUAACCAAGAUUCAUCGAACAGGCCACAUCGGACAGUGUUCACCCGAGCCAUCGAGGCAUGCGAUCUCCACUGGCAGGAUAGCCACUUGCAGCACAUUAUCAGCAGUGACCUAUACACCAACUACUGUUACCAUGACGACACUGAAAACUCCCUCUUUGACUCCCGCGGGUGGCCCCUCUGGCAUGAACAUGUUCCUACAGCUUGUGCAAGAGUGGACGCAUUACGUUCUCAUGGGUACCCCAGAGAAGCCCUGAGACUAGCAAUAGCUAUUGUUAACACGUUAAGAAGACAGCAACAGAAACAGUUGGAAAUGUUCCGGACUCAGAAAAAAGAGCUACCCCAUAAAAGCCUCACCUUGAUAACCAAUCUGGAGGGCUGGGUUGGACACCCCCUGGACCCUGUGGGCACUCUUUUUAGCAGCCUUAUGGAAGCUUGCCGAAUUGAUGAUGAAAGCUUCUCUGGGUUCUCCGAUUUUACAGAGAAUACGGGACAGUGCAAGUCUCUGGAAUACCAGCAUCUCCCUGCACACAAAUUCUUAGAAGAGGGGGAAUCCUAUUUAACACUAGCUGUGGAAGUCGCCCUGAUAGGGCUGGGACAGCAGCGUAUCAUGCCUGACGGGCUGUACACACAAGAGAAGGUUUGCCGGAAUGAGGAGCAGCUCAUUUCCAAGCUUCAGGAAAUUGAAUUGGAUGACACACUGGUGAAAAUUUUUCGCAAGCAAGCAGUCUUCCUAUUAGAAGCCGGACCAUAUAGUGGUUUAGGCGAAAUAAUCCAUCGGGAGAGCGUUCCAAUGCACACAUUUGCCAAGUAUCUCUUCACCUCUCUCCUACCUCAUGAUGCUGAAUUGGCAUACAAAAUUGCACUGAGAGCAAUGCGGUUACUAGUAUUGGAAUCUACUGCUCCAACUGGAGACCUCACCCGCCCACACCAUAUUGCGUCAGUUGUUCCCAACCGAUAUCCUCGUUGGUUCACUCUAAGCCACAUAGAAUCCCAGCAGUGUGAGCUGGCAUCCACCAUGCUAACUGCAGCCAAAGGCGACGUUCGGAGGCUGGAAACAGUAUUAGAAUCCAUCCAGAAAAACAUUCACUCCUCAUCCCACAUCUUCAAGCUUGCCCAAGAUGCAUUUAAAAUAGCAACUCUCAUGGACAGUUUGCCAGACAUCACUCUUUUGAAAGUGUCUCUGGAGCUGGGCCUGCAGGUUAUGCGAAUGACACUGUCCACCUUAAAUUGGCGACGGCGGGAGAUGGUGAGGUGGCUGGUGACGUGUGCUACUGAAGUGGGUGUCUAUGCCCUGGACAGCAUCAUGCAGAGCUGGUUUACGCUCUUUACUCCCACUGAGGCCACAAGUAUAGUUGCAACCACCGUGAUGUCCAACAGCACCAUCGUUCGCCUCCAUCUGGACUGCCACCAGCAGGAAAAGCUGGCCAGCAGUGCCCGGACACUUGCAUUGCAGUGUGCCAUGAAGGACCCUCAGAACUGUGCCCUCUCCGCGCUGACCCUGUGCGAAAAGGAUCACAUAGCUUUUGAGACGGCGUACCAAAUUGUUCUAGACGCUGCUACGACCGGCAUGAGCUACACCCAGCUCUUUACGAUAGCACGGUACAUGGAACACCGCGGGUACCCCAUGAGGGCCUACAAGCUGGCCACCCUGGCCAUGACCCAUCUCAACCUGAGCUACAAUCAGGAUACACACCCUGCCAUUAAUGACGUUUUGUGGGCCUGUGCGCUCAGCCACUCCCUUGGUAAAAAUGAGCUUGCAGCUAUAAUACCUCUGGUGGUCAAGAGUGUCAAGUGUGCAACGGUACUGUCAGACAUUUUGCGCAGAUGCACUCUGACCACUCCUGGCAUGGUGGGACUUCAUGGAAGGAGGAACUCUGGUAAGCUCAUGUCACUGGACAAAGCCCCCUUGAGGCAGCUCUUGGAUGCCACAAUUGGGGCCUACAUCAACACGACGCACUCAAGACUCACGCACAUCAGUCCUCGGCACUAUAGUGAGUUUAUAGAGUUCCUCAGCAAGGCCCGAGAGACCUUCUUAAUGGCGCACGAUGGACACAUUCAGUUUACACAGUUUAUCGACAACCUGAAACAAAUCUACAAAGGCAAAAAGAAACUGAUGAUGUUGGUUCGGGAGAGGUUUGGUUGAUAGAACUUGUAUGAAUGGGGGUGGGGGGUGGGAAGGGAGGGAUGGUUUGUUUUUACUUGAGCCUGCCUUUGUACCCUUUUUAACUUAAAGAACAGAGCCACACCGGUAUUAUAUGUGUAUAGUUAUAUUGCGUUUGCAGACUAAAUUGUCAUGUUGUGAAAGUUUGUGUGUUUUUUAAUUUUUUUCCCUUUUUCUUACUUUUUUUUCCUUUCCUUUUAUUUUAUUAUAAUUUUUAAUUUUUUUCUUUUGGUUUUGUAUGAGAGAGAGGUUAAAAAGGUUUGGUUUACACUGAGUAUAUGUUGUCAAGUGGCGAAAGUCCACAUAGCUCUCCUGUUUUCUGUAUACGUUCACAGCCUCAAAAAAAAAAAAAAAUAAUUGAAAUGGCUUUAAAAACCAAACAGAACACCUCCAUCCUGUGAUAAGUACCUCGAAUGGAUUCAGCUUUACUCCUUUGUAACUCAUCUUUACAUUUUCAGCAUAUUUAAACAAACCAACAAAAUGAAAUACUAAUAGUUAAAAGGCUGACCCACGUGGCUUUGCAGUGCUGUUCGUCCGGAAGCAUGGCACACGAUGCUUGUGCAUGUGGAAACUUAGCGACUGUCAACAUACAUUCUCAGGGAUUUAUCAAAAAAAAAAUUAAAAAAAGAAUGAGAGCAUUUAUUGUACUGUAUAUAUAUUAUAGUAUAUGUCUGAAUAUUGAAAAUAUAACAUGAACUAAUUUAUAAAAAAUAUUCUAUGUAAUGCAAAAUACUUGAAGCUGCAGUAGCUUGGUUUUAAACAAAAACAAAAAAACUGAGAGAAAACCUAUCAGAAGGACUAAAAGAGUGCGCCUUGCUUCAGGGUUGGCUCAGGCGGUGAACUUCAUGCUGGGCAUCUAUGCAGAGCCACCUUUUGGAUUGCAUGGUUGGACUGCGAUCUAUUGGAAGAAAUGAUAUAUGUAUAUAUAUUUAUACAGUUUAUGUAUACAUAUAUAUAUGUAUACACACAGACACCAGACACAAACACACCACCAACAACAACCACUACACCACACAUGCUUGUAACAGGCACUAGAAUAAAGAGGGACAACAAAAUACACAGCCAGAGCAGCAAGCCUUAGCAUUAAGAAUAUACAGUAUGCCGGAACUGGGGUUCGUGCCUCCUAGCCUAGGAAACUUAAAAGAAAUAUCCUUUUGACACGAAACGCAAAAUGUUUUCCAAAACAAUUGACAUAUGAUACAACGCCUUUGCAGUGAGCUAAUAAUAAGCUAACCUUUGUGCACAAAUAACAUUAUAUAUAUUAUAUAUCUAUUCUGCAUAGGUAUUUUGACUUUGUGCAGGACAGAAAGUUGUGUAGGUAUGACUGUUCUACUUUUCAGUUUUCUUUCUUUUUUUUUUUAAAUAUAUUUUAUUUUCUCUAGAAUUACUCAAAACAAAAGCAGCCUUCUAUCUUGCCUUGUCUUAAUGCUUUAAAAUAACCAAACUGGAGAUCUAACUACCAAACUGUUCAUUAUAUUAUUAAAUACCAACUUUGGUUACAGUAUAGUGUCUUUACUUUAGCUGAUGGUUCUGUAACCUUGUGCUUUUUAAAGCAAUUUUUAUGUUUUGGUGCAAAAGUUGUCCAGUGUCUCCUGUUCCCUUCAUUAGAGAACAUGCUAGAGGUAUGUUUGUAGGUAUUUUUGUUUAGAAGAACUAUUUCAUGCGCUCCAUUUUAUUUAUUAUAAUAGGUAAAAAGAAAAAAAAAAGGUUGUACUUCAUCACCCAUGUAAACAUGCUCAUGAAGUUGAAAGUAAUUAAGAUUUGAUACACUGAUAUCAAUUUAUUUAUGUAACUAAAUCACUGUUUUAUAAACUUGUUAAUGAUCAACAAUUUUUGUUUUGAUUAAAAUUAGUUUUUUGAAAGUUGA